AGUGAAAAGAAAUAAGACAAACAGCAGAAAAAUCGAGCGUAAGUAAAAAAUCUACCAAAGAUUUUUCACACUUAUACCUUUACUUGCUUGAAUUCGAUCAUUAUCAACAGUUGAUAGAUAUAAUGAUUAUCUUGAUAAUGAAAUGGAUAAAAAAAUUCUUUAAAGACCUCUUGAUGCUGACGAUGAACCAUAUACAUUUAUUUUAGCAUCAACUUGUCAAUUAACAUAAAAAAUUGAGGAGGAAAAAGUGAAAUUCGGAACAGUAUGAAUUUUAUAUUUAUUCAAAUGUUAUACAUUGAAUAGUUUUUUCUUAUCAUAGAUAUGGGUUUUGAAAUUGAUAUUAAACGUAUUCUUGAAUAUUUAGUAGUCACAAAUAAAAACGUCAGAUAAUGAACUUGUAGAAGAUACAAGAUAACAAAAAAAAAGAACUUUUUUCUUUCUUUUAUUUUAAGAGAUUUUGCUUCAAAAGAUAAAUACUGUCAAGCAGUGAUGUUUACAACAACAAUAACAUCUGUUUAUAUUGGUCCAAUUAAUGAAUCAACUGAACGUGUUGAAUAAAUUAUUAUUAAGUAUUCAGAAAAUGAUAAACGUAAUAAAUUACUUGAAGUUCUUGAACUUUUUAUUAAAACAAAAUAAUUGGAUUCUUUUUUGUGUAUUUCUAUUAGGAUGAACAAGCUCAAAAAAAUAUUCUUGUUCCAACAUAUGUUGCUGAUCGUGUUAUUGAUAUAAAAGAUGUUUCACUUCAUUCGAGGUAA